GUGCAGUGUGGGUCGGGGCCAGGAGGGUGGGGGGGGCGUGGCCCAGGUGGCCCUAGGACCCCCCCACCAUGGAAAACCAGCUAUGGCAUAACACCGUGGGGUGCUGCAAUCAAUACCAAGAAAGCCCCCAGGAUGCCGAGGACAUCUUAUUCCUGCUGCUGGGCCUCAUCAUUCUUGUCAACAUUGGCAUCAACAUGGCAACUGUGAUGUGGCAUGGGCUGCAGAACAUCCUAGACAAGAUGAUCGAUUGCACAAAUCAGAAGAGUGAAGUUCAGCCUAGUGAAAGUCCCUCCAAAGGCCUCCCAGCCAAGGUCCAGGACGUCCAGAUCCACUGCAUCCUGGACCCUGUACAGGUGAAGAUGACCCGACCCACACACUACUCCUCUUCCUCGUGCCAUGGUCUUGGUAACCACCGCAGCAGCCGCCACAGCAGCCGCAGCCGCCGCCAGCGCCAGCGUUGCUACAGCCACCAGCAGAGGCCACAGAACCACAGAGGACUCUCCCAUGGCCGCUCAUUCUUCCGUAAUCAACAUGGCCGCUCAAUUUUCCAUAACCAUCACAGCUGCAAGAUGUCACAGCUAAGGCAAAAGUCCUUCUUUGAUCGGGAGGACCCAGACUCCUACCUGGAGGAGGAGGAUGACCUGGCCUUUCCAUACUCCAAAUACCCACGGGGGGGCUGGGGUGGGCUCUAUCCACGAAUGGGCCUGCACUCCAAUGUGAGGCUGUGGGGCCGCCAGGGUGGAAUCCUGGCCAGCCUGCCCCCACCCUCCCUCUACCUGUCACCUGAGCUGCGCCGCAUGCCCAAGCGCGUGGAGGCCAAGUCUGAGCUGAGGCUGCAGUCCUAUGGGCCCCCAUCACAAUCCCGAAUUUGGGAGAAUGUGGAGGCUGAGCAGUGUGCCUCAUCUCCACCACCUCUCCGCCGGCUUCCCCCUAACCCUUCCUGGGUUCCUGGGGGGCACACCCCUUACCCCUCAGCGGGCCUAAUACUGUAUGACUCCUGGGAUCAGCGGCGGCGUGGUGUCGAGAGCUCUGAACCCCCACCUGCCUUGGUGUCCCGGAACUCCCGGCCCGAGGCCCAGGGCUACCGGGAGCACUGUUCCCCGCAGUCCCGCCGGCGGAGCCUGCCUGGUCAUGCUCACAACCAGUCCAACCGCAGCCCCCACCCAUCCAUGGGACACUUGGGCUACAGCCCCCGGGAUGCCCAUGAAGUCCGGCGCCGGGUGGCUGACUGGUCUGAGAUUCCACCUGCUCGGCAUCCCCUGACCACCUCUGCCUCCAUCACGGUGUUGGGUGAGAACUCACACCAACGGGCCCCAGCUGCCAGCUCAGCCCUGCUCCCCCGCUCCUCCCAGCCCCUGCCCGAAGUUCAAGCUGCUGAUUCUGCCCCACCCCCGACCACCUUCAUCCCACUCAGCCGGAAUCCAGGGGGCAAUAUUAACUACCAGGUGUAUGACAGCCUGGAGCUGAAGCGGCAGGUGCAGGAGGGCAGAAUACGGGCCAAUUCACUGCCACUGCCUUCCACCUCAGCCUCGAGGCCCUCCCUGCACAGGAGCCGGGCAGGGAAACUCAACUGACAGGGCAAACGUGGGUGGCGGGGCAGGACACGGAGAAUGGAAUAAAGAGAAACAG